AUGCCUUCAUCAAAUCAUCGAUCAUCGAGUACAUACAGAUCAAGACGUACAUCGACUCAUACACAGACAUCAACUCCUCGAUCAACCAGUGUACCACAACGACAAUUUAUUAUCGUUCUCACAAAUCAUCCUGAUUUAUUGAGAGAAACUGUAGCGCUUCAACCAGAGAGGCGACAACGAAUGCAAACAACAGUUGCUAAUCAAAAUGGUUCUAUUCGUCAUGAAACUGUGAAUCAUAAUAAUGACAUUCGUGAACAAAUAUUGAAUACUCUUUUACAACUUGAAUUAGGCGUAGCAACUGGUGAUUAUCUCUCUCGUACUCGUCAAGGAAAUCCAAUACAAUUUGUAUUUGAUAUGUCACGUAUUGACUCAUCAAAUCAAUCCGAUCAAGUGUGA